CUAAUCCAACGGUUCACACCGUCCAAACACCAUCCAACGGCCGAAAUCCAUUUCAACACUCGUAAUUCUCGCUCCCAAGUACCGACCUUCGCUCUCGUAAAACCCUAAUCGAUCCAAACCCUUUUCUAGGGUUUUAGUCUCUCCGAAGAAAGAGAGAGAGAGAGAGAGAGAGAGAGAGAGAGAGAGCCAGGCCCUAGCGAUCGACGCUGAAAAAGGUCGCAGCAAUGGCUUUCUUAAGUAAAGCUGGGAAUAUACUGAGGCAGGCUGCAAGCAAGCAUGCCAAUUCAAAUAUUUGUGGAUCCAAUCCUUCUGUAUUUCAAAUGAUAAGAUGCAUGUCAACUUCAAAAGUCUUUGUUGGAGGACUGUCAUAUGCUACAGAUGACAUGAGUCUGACAAAUGCUUUCAGCAAGUAUGGGGAAGUUGUGGAAGCUAGAAUCAUUGUAGAUCGUGAGACUGGUAGGUCCAGAGGGUUUGGCUUUGUUACUUUCACUUCUGGUGAGGAGGCUUCUGCAGCUAUCCAGGCCUUGGAUGGACAGGACCUUCAAGGCCGUACGGUGAAGGUGAACUAUGCAAAUGAAAGGCCCCCCCGAGGUGGUGGCUAUGGCGGCAGCUAUGGCGGCGGCGGCGGUGGCUAUGGUGGCGGCGGCGGUGGCUAUGGUGGUAGUGGUGGUUAUGGUGGUGCUGAUAACUAUGGAGGAGGAUCCAAUUAUGGUAACUAUGGAGGUGGUGGUUAUGGUGGCAACUAUGGAGGUGGAGGUGGAGGUGGUGGUAACAGUUUUGGAGGAGGCAACUUUGCCCAAGGUGGCACAGCCACUUAUGGCGGGGGCAGUGUAGCUGGAGGCAACUAUGGAACUGGAGGUAGUGGUGACACUUAUGGAAGUGGUAGCAGUGGAACCGGUAGCAGUGUCAAUUAUGGAGGCGGAAGUCAGAUUUUCAAUGCAGCCGGAGGAGCUGAAAGUGAUAGCUAUGUGAGUGGCAAUGCUGGAGCGAUGAAUAGCUUUGGAAGCAAUGGAAGUAUUGGAUUGGGUGGUAGUGGGGAGCAAUUUGGCAGCAGUGAAAGCAGCGGCAUGGCUGAAACGUAUGGGGAUGGAGAUGAUGAGCCUGGUGACUAUGCCAACAGAAAGGAUUGAAAAUCUUGAAGCCAAUGGGAAUAGUGAGGAAGUGAUUGAAUUUACUUCCUUUCGGUUAAAGUCUUGUUUAUUGUCUCCCUCUCUGUCUGAACGUAUUUUGUCGCUGCUGGAUGUAAACUGAAGUUUGAUGCGAUUUCUGAGGUUGCCAAUUUUCUACCGAGAAGUGCUAGUACUGCUAUAUAGCAUUUUAGGCAGGUUUUAUUGUCCAGCGGCUGGAGAAUGAUUUCUCAUGCUGGCUAAGUUCAUAUUGUUCGCCGUUUCUAACUAGAUGUACUCCUAAUGAUGGUAAUAAUAAAUAAUAAUAUUUUGUUGCGAUAGCAA